AUGACAUCCAACAUAGCGCUCACCGGUCUCGCCCGCGACCUGGCCGAGCGCGCCGCAUCGGGCAAACCUGUCCGCAUCGGCCUUGUCGGCUCGGGCGAAAUGGGCACGGACAUUGUCACCCGUGCUGGCAUGAUGGACGGCGUCGAUGUCGCCGCGAUCGCCGACAUCGACCCGGCGGCUGCGCACAGGGCGGUCGAGAUCGCGCACCAGGCGCCCGGACACAGCGCCGAUGCGGCCAAUGCCGACGCGAUCAAUGCCGCCAUCGAAUCGGGCAGGACCGCGAUCACCUCCGCCGACGCCAUGCUCGAAUCAGGGCUGAUCGAUGUGGUGGUCGAUGCGACCGGAGUUCCCGCUGUCGGCGCCGAGAUCGGACUGUCGGCGAUGGAACGCGGCAAGCAUCUGGUCAUGAUGAAUGUCGAGGCCGAUGUCACCAUUGGCGCCUACCUGCGCCGUGAGGCCGACCGGCUCGGCGUGGUCUACAGCCUGGGCGCAGGCGACGAACCCUCCUCCUGCAUGGAGAUCAUCGAGUUCAUCGCCGCGAUGGGACACAGGAUCGUCUGCGCCGGCAAGGGCAAGAACAACCCGCUGAACUUCGAUGCGGUUCCCGACCAGUAUGCCGCCGAAGCUGCCGCGCGCCACAUGAACCCGCGCAUGCUUGUCGAGUUCAUCGACGGCUCCAAGACCAUGGUGGAGAUGUCGGCGAUCGCCAACGCGACGGGCCUGGUCCCCGAUAUUGACGGCAUGCAUGGCCCCGCCGCCGGCCCGAAAGACCUCGCCAAGACACUGAUCCCCAAAAAGGAUGGCGGUGUCCUGUCCGACAUUGGCCGGGUCGACUAUUCGGUCGGCCAGGGACUUGCACCGGGCGUCUUCGUCGUCUGCGAAGCCGAGCAUCCGCGCGUCUGGGAGCGCAUGUCGGACCUGAAGAUGGGCGAAGGCCCCUAUUUCGCGUUCAUCCGCCCCUAUCACCUGACCUCGCUCGAAGUGCCGCUGACCUGCGCCCGCGCGGUGCUGCACGGCAAGGCCGACAUGAUCCCGCUGGAUAAGCCCGUCGCCGAGGUGGCUGCCGUCGCCAAGCGCGAUCUUGAGCCCGGCGAAACGCUCGAUCUGCUCGGCGAAUACACCUAUCGCGCCUGGGCGCUGGAAGCCGGCCGCGCCCGAACCUUGAAGGCGCGGCCGGCCGGCGUGCUGCCGGACGCCACGGUCACCCGCCCCAUUCGCAAGGGCGAACUGAUCACCACCGAGAACAGCCGCCUGCCCGAGGGAUCGAAGAUCGCCGAACUGCGUGCCCGCCAGGACGCAAUGGUCUUCGGAAAGGAACUGGCCGAUGCCUGA